UUGGUUUAUAGUAAUGACUAUGAUGUUGUCUCUAUAUGUGAAACAUGGCUGAACGACUCAGUUAUGUCGGCAGAAAUCCUUACGGGCUACAACAUUUAUCGGAAAGAUCGACCUGGCAGAACUGGUGGAGGUGUCCUAAUUGCUGUUAAGUCUGACAUCCGGUCCAGUCAUCGAAAAGACCUCGAGAGAGACAAUAUCGAAUUCGCUGUUGUUGAACUCGUUAAGGAUUACAAUAAAUCAGUUAUUCUCUACACAGUAUAUCUUCCAGAACCUCGACAAGAUGAACUGCAUCAACUCAAUUCAUCUUUAUAA